AACAAAAAAAGCAAAAUCUUAAUUCUUAAAAUUGUUAAUGAUAAAUCUUUCCAAUAGAAGUGCAGCAGCAUUCACGAUCUUUUUUUGCUACUUGUUGGUGUUGCUCAGAAUUAGUUUAAGUAUCUGUGCGCUAUUUAUUCGGAAGUCAUCAGUUUAAUUAAGAAGUCCAAAAUGGGAUUCGACAGACCAGACCGCGGCGGCGGACGCGGUGGAGGGUUUCGUGGUGGCGGCGGAGGAUUUCGAGGCGGCGAUCGUGGUGGAGGAUUUAAAGCGGGUCGGGGAGGUGAUCGAGGCGGACGAGGAGGAUUUGGUGGUGGCCGCGGGGGCUUUGGUGAUCGCGGUCGCGGUGGAUUUCGCGGCGGCCGUGGCGGGGACCGCGGUGGAGGUCGCGGAGGUCCCCGCGGUCGAGGUGGACGUGGCGGUGGCCGUGGUGGUGGUGCAGGCAUGAAAGGAGGCAAAAAUGUCAUUGUGGAACCCCAUCGGCAUCCAGGAAUUUUCAUUUCCCGGGGCAAAGAAGACGCGCUGUGUACUAUCAACACUACACCUGGUGAUUCCGUGUAUGGCGAGAAACGUAUCAGUGUUGAUGGUGCGGAAGGAACGAAAACAGAAUAUCGAAUCUGGAAUCCUUUCCGCUCCAAGCUUGGAGCAGCUAUCAUGGCUGGAAUUGAAAAUAUUUGGAUCAAACCAAAAAGCAAAGUCCUAUAUCUCGGAGCGGCAUCCGGGACUACUGUUUCCCAUGUAGCUGAUAUUGUUGGCCCGGAAGGUUUGGUUUAUGCUGUUGAAUUUUCCCAUCGUUCCGGCCGAGACCUGAUCAAUGUUGCCAAAAAGCGGACGAAUGUGGUACCCAUAAUCGAGGAUGCCCGGCAUCCUCACAAGUAUCGGAUGAUCGUUGAUAUGGUGGACACGAUAUUUGCGGAUGUUGCCCAACCAGAUCAAGCACGUAUUGUGGCACUUAACGCCCAUCACUACCUGAAAAACGGUGGUCAUGUCGUCAUAUCGAUCAAGGCCAACUGCAUUGACAGCACAGCCAAACCGGAAGCGGUCUUUGCGGAAGAAGUUAAAAAGCUACAGAGUGAAAAAGUUAAACCGCUUGAACAGAUCACCCUCGAACCGUACGAACGUGACCAUGCGGUAGUAUCUGGAAUCUACAGAGCUCCAACGAAACAAGGAUAGGAAGCGCAGGGCCACAUUCUGCUGUGGUAAUGAUUGUUGAAAUACGUUAUAAAAUUUUUGUGUCCAUAAAGUACAGUACUAUAGUUUGUCUCUAAGACUGUUUACCUUGUAUAUUUUCAGUUUAUUGUUGACUUGUUAUUCUUUUUGUCCGUUUGGUAGUGGGGCUUUAUUUCGCUGGGCUAAACGAAUGCACCUUUUGCAGGUGCUGUAGUAUUGUAACGAUAAGCGUUGCAUUAAAAUGUCGCUUGUUCCGUGUCUGGCCCGUUAUAUUAAAAAUUGCUGUAAA